AUGACAACACCGUUUACUGAGAUAGGUUCGGCAGCAGUCGAAGGAUUAAGGUUCGAAUUGUUUUCAAUCCCAAAAGAGAUUGCCGAUUUGGGUAACGAUAUCUUGACGCGACGCUUAAAACUUUUGGAAUAUUUUCGUAAGCGCAUAUCAGACGUGAAAAUUAGGAAUGAAUUUGACACAGAGACUGAAGUGAUUCACAAAUUGAUAAACGAGACUUCAAAGCGUUUGGAGGAUAAAGUAAAGCGCAUCAUGAACAUCGCCAAAGCAGCUUGGAAAGAUCGUGAUGAUUUGAUAAAAAAAGUAGAUCAAUUAUACAAAGAGUUGUCUAGUUUACAAAACAAUGGGACCGAAACUAUGGAGAAGAAUGACAUAGGAGAUAGAGUCCCCAGUGUAAAAUUCGACACAAGUAGCACGGAUCUAAAAGAUAAACUUAACAAGGAGCGCGCCGCCCGCGAGUCCCUGAAGCACAUGGUGGCCACGGCGGAGGGCUUACUGCGCACGGCGCGCGCGCGCAUCACGGUGUUGGAGCGCGAGCUCAAGACCACGCAGAAGCAGAUGCAGGAUACCGCGCGCAAACACAAGGAAUACGAGAUACUCCAUCGUUCUCGUCAGACAAGCUUUGGCGUGCGUUCCAAGAAAUUGUUAGAAGAGUCUAAAACUGGAGAAGUAACUAUCGAGAUGUUGACCCUUCAGCGGAAUGCACUAGAAUUAAGGGUCACAGAGCUACAAGAGCAAAUCAAGUCGAUAACGGAGGAUUACGAGGCUCGCGAGUCGAAGCUCCAGGACAACUUGGACCGGCUACAGGAGAAGUUGAAUGAGCAGGAAAAACAUAGGAUAAGAGCAGAAGCUCGUGUGUUCGAUCUAGAAAAACGGAUAAAAGGUAUACACGACGAAUACAGGCGACUCUUGGAACAAUCGGAUAAACUUGUGAAAAUGAGUAGCGAGAAGUGCCUCGAUUACCUGCCGCGCAAAGAACAUGAACCUUCACUAACCGAAGCGGAGUUAUGGAAGGAUCUAGAAGCAACCAAAAAGAGAUUAGAACAAGUGACAGCUGAGCUAAAACAGAGCCGCGAAGACAAAGAAAGCUUAUUAAACUCCUUGGCCAAAAUAGCGCAACAAGGCUCCGAGAAUAACAUAGCUAACGAACUGUUACUGAGGGAGCAAAAAAAUUUUGGACUCCAACAGGUUAUUGAAAACCUAAAUCAAAGGAUUAAAUCAAUGAAUGAAAAAUUAGCACAAAAAGACCGUCAGAUUAUUUCACUAAAUAUGGAAGCCUCGCGAACAGAUUACGAGUGUUGUAGUAAGAGUACCCACGAUAACCACGAUCUUGCUUUAGAGGUUAUGGAGUUAUCCACGCAAGUUGCGAAGCUGACGCGCGAACGUGAGUCGCUGGUGACUGCGGCAAUGUCGCGUGCGCUGAUGCUGGAGCGGCACGAGCGCUGCGCGGACCUGUUUGCGCGCGUCACGCGCGCGCGCCGUGACAUAGUCGCGCAGCUCGAGGGCCAACGGGAACGGCCGCACAGUGAAACCGAUGCUAAAGUGGCGAGCUCCCUGUCGCCGGUGUGCCUGAAGGCCGCAGAGACGUGGUCGGAGCUGCGCUCGGACCGCGAGCGAGUGCUGCAGCUGCAGGAGGUGGUGGCCUCGCAGAACCAGCAGCUGAAGCGCGAACGCCGCGUGCGCAACCACCUCGAGCAGCGCCGCGCCAUCCUCGAGCGGCUUUUCCUCAACCGCUCCAAUUCUAACCAGUAUGUCGCGGCGGAGAACGUGGCUUCGUAUCUCGGAACUUCUUCUUAUUUGGCUAAAGAUGCUUUUGUUAGUGAAUCGUAA